AUGAUGAAUACAAAUACAUCCAAAUUAUGGUCGAAAAAGAAUUAGCAACUCUGGCUCAUCCAGUAUUUCACGAGCUCUUAUAUGCUUCUCAGAAAUUCAUCCGUAAGGUUGAGAAGCCCUAUAGUGUUAGCUUACGUGAUGUCAAGCGAGCUAUAACGUUGGUAAAAUUCUUUUAUAAAUCUCUUGAAAAUCGCCCGGUUUAUAUUAAGGGUUAUAAAUAUCCACCAUCUGGAAAUCCGACCGCAAGAACGAGGUCUUAUAUUUUAGCGCUUAGUCUUUGUUACCAUUCUCGACUAUAUGAUCAAAAGUUACGUAGGCAAUAUCGUCGCGAAAUGGGAGAAAUAUUACAAAGUCACAACGCUUUUGUGGGAGAGCAUAUGUUUGCUAAAGUUAUUCGUGAAGAACAGGAAGAUUACAUUAAUAGAAUGCAAUGUCCACCUAAUACAGCAAAAAAUGAAGCUUUAUUAGAGAAUGUUUUAGUUAUGAUUGUAUGCAUCUUAACAAGGAUUCCCUUAUUUUUAAUCGGAGCUCCUGGUUACGUUUCACCAAGCUUUAAAUGCAUUCUUGUCAUGGAUGAAAAGAAUUUGGCUUUGGCCGAUCCGGCAUUCCUUAAUCGAUUUGAAAAACACAAAAUGUCAAUUCAUGAUACUCUUAAUGACAGGCACAAAUUACUUGUAGAAAAUUUGAGCAAUUGGGCAAGACAAAUUUCAACUUUAAUUGGAGUUAAUCAAAUAGCUCAUUUAUAUGAAAAGUUCACGCAGAAGGAUCUUUUCAUCGGUUUCGAUAAAGAUGAAGUUAUACAAAGUUUAGUAUUUGAUGUUACAAAGAGUAAUCCAAAAGCAGAAAAUGAAAAGAUUUUGAAAAUAUGCAGGGAGAGUCUAAUUGCGUUGAUAUCUCCAGGAGCAAUUUUAAGAGCCGAAUAUUCAAUUUUUGAUCGAGAUGAAAUUAUUAGAUUAAAACAUAAAAGAGUUUCCCAUGGUUUAAAGAAUAUUCCUGAUGAAUUAUCACAACAUAAAUUGAUUUCCAAAUCAAUUAAAGUGAUUCAUGCGCAAGAUGAUCAAUUCAUUGAUUAUGAAUGGAAUGAUAACAUAUUAAAGUAUAGUCAAUGGAACCCAAAAAUCGAACCGAAUACCAAUUUUAUAUUUGAUUUACGAAAAAUUGAAGAGAAACUUGCAAAAAAAUUGGUUUUUGAAAAAGUUCGUUUCGAAACAGAGGAUGAUGAUUUUUAUUUAAAAAAAUUUUCAUUUAAGCAUGAAUUAUUUAAUAAUUCACCAAGGAUACUUUUUGAUAUAAAGAGGCUGUUAACACAAGAGCCUAUUCCAGAAGAUAAAAGUCAAUUGAUUUUUGCGAUGUUUCAGCCAUCAAAUUCAUCAUUUAUCUUACGGAAUUCAUUAAAUUUAUCAGAAUUACAUUUUCUCCUGAAUUUAAUACUUUGCUUUAUCAAAGAAUUAUCAAUUAAGAAUAGAGAUGUUCUUAUUAUAGACUUUGUUAACCAAUGGUUAAAAUUAGCGAGAUAUGAUAUAACAUAUAUAAACAUAUUUAAUGAAUUUUCUUUAAAAUAUAUUGUAGCAUUAUAUGAAAUAAUUGAAGAGCAAGUUACUAACCUGAUAAUUCAUGAUCUUGAAGAUAAAUUUAAAGAUUCAUUAACUCAACUAAUGAAGGAUUCGAUUGAUAAUUGUGUUAAUUACCUUCCCGAACAAGAAUCUCAACUUAUUCCUGCCGAGGCACUUACCCUUUCCUUAAAAAGAUUUAUUUAUAGAUUUUUACUGGUUGAAUCUAAUAUUGCAGACUUAAAUCUGAGCAUGUAUUUCUUUGAUUUUACUUUGGAUUUGUGGACUAGUGAUAUCAAACAAGAAUUGGUCGAAAGAUUGUUUCCUACUUGUUUAUUAGUAUCACAUGCCUAUGAUAGUUAUAUCUAUAUCGUUAAUGAAGUGGAGAAAGCAAUGGUUGAUAAACAAAUUAAUCAAAAUCUUUCAACUGUAUCUUCAACUAGAAGAACUUUACAAAGAAUUAAAAAAGUCAAAACGGUUACAGAAUGA